GCAACGGCGCGCGGAUGCGGCGGGCGCAGAACACACUGGGGCGCAACGCGACUCAGAAACAGAAAGCAGCCGAACCCACGAGCCGAAACACCCGAACUCAGCCCGUCGUUCACCGGUACGUCCUGCCUGGAUGCGCAUCGCUCGUACGGGCAACUCCCUCAUAGAAGUCGGAGUUUCUUGAAGCGAAUGAGGAUCACGUUACGGAUGAGAAGGCGGUCGUCAUGGUGAUGAAUGAUGUUCCGAAAAGUCAAGAAGCGCCACAGCAGCAGCAGCUCUCAAAGCAGUGAGAUCAGCACUAAGAGCAAGUCAGUUGACUCCAGCUUGGGAGGACUCUCCAGAUCCAGCACGGUCGCCAGCCUUGACAACGACUCCGGCAAGGGUGCAGGGAACGUGCCAUCAGAGGCAUGCACUGAGUUCAGGGUGAAGUACGUUGGGGCCCUCGAGCAGCUGCACUUUGACAUGAGCCGGGCCCUUCAGGAGCCCCUGGACCUCAUAAACUACAUCGACGCAGCACAGCAAGAUGGGAAGCUGCCGUUUGUUCCCGGUGAGGAGGAGAUGUUGCUGGGGGUGUCCAAGUAUGGAGUCAAAGUGGCCUCGCUGGACCAGUGUGACGUGCUGCACCGCCACCCUCUGUACCUGAUCAUGCGCAUGUUGUGCUACGACGACGGCCUGGGGGCGGGGAGGAACCUGCUGGCGCUGAAGACCACCGACGGGCAGCAGGAGCACUGCAGCGUCUGGGUGUACCAGUGCAGCUGUGCGGAGCAGGCCCAGUCCAUCUGCAAGGUCCUGUCAUCCUCUUUCGACUGCGCCCUGACGUCAGAGAAGUCCUGAUUCAGGUUACAGGCGACCUUUGACCCUCAGCCCGGUCGGACUCUUCAAGGUCAUGUUCAGGUUGUUUAACAAUAUCCGGCUCCCUGUUUUCUUCUCACAUUAUAAUUUAAAUGACCUCAGUUUCAUUCAGAUUUACUAUUUGUGAAUAGAUAACCAAAUAUUAAUAAUCCAAAACGUCAUUCUUUAAUUGAUAAUUCUAGUUAUUAUCUUCUGCCUGAAGGAGCCUGUCGGGUACAAAGCUUUGAUUGGGGUGACAAACAAAGGAAAUUGGAUCUCUUCUUUGUAUUUUACAGCCUUAUAAACACGGUACUUUUAUUGCACACUGACUUUGUAUAAAUAGGCGACAGGAACCAUUGUGACUCAUCUGGGAUAAGUGUGGGAAAUAUUUAGCUAUUUUUGAAGAAGAUAUCCUUGGAGCAGCAUUCUGGUUUUGAAGGUACUUCAAACUUAAGUGACUUAAGUGGUACAAAAACAUUGGUACGUGCAGCGGCCUGCGGCAGCAAGUUCAAAGGUUGCUAUAACAACAACCUCAUGUAUUUAGUGUUGACACAGGCUAUUAUUCACCUCCAUCGUGAUUGCUUCCAUCAUCGUUGUGUUGCCUCUUCUCAACUACACAAUGCGUGGAAUCAUGUUUUCUUACAUUCAAACUGCACAUCAGGUUGAAGUUAUGAAGUAUACUGAAUGCACAUUAAUGUUGAUAGAUUUCUCUUGGUAUUUUUGUAUUGUUUAAAUUGAAAAGGUAAAUGUUGAAUGCUAGUUCUGCAUGCCUCCAUACCUCCUCAUUCAACUCCAUCUCUCCCUGCUUUCAGUCGGGAUGAUUCAGACUCAAUACAUUAUUGGCACAAUAAAGAAUUAUUUAUAUUUUCAAUAGAUUGUUAUGAAGGCUGGCUUAUGUUUUAAUGUCCAUAAAACCUUUUAAACUUUAAACUAAAUGUUUGGUGGUUUAAAAAAUGCAAUAAAUCCAUCAACCCUCACAAAUAUACACAGCUUUCAAUGAUUUCCCUUCAGAGGAAGUAUGUCUGUUUACAUUAUGGAAUAAAAUCAAUAAACACAACUUGACCAACAUGCCAGAGAUGAAGGCAUGAACAUCAGUCCAUAAGGAAGAGAAACAAGACGAUUCUUUCAUGUUUUUAUUAUUCCAGUUUCAUUUGACUGUUUACUUGCACAUUUAAGUUAAGAGUCAAUGUAGUAAUCUUUAGUCUUCAAGAAUGAAUGAACCUCUGUCUGUGUGUGUGUGUGUGUGUGUGUGUGUGUGUGUGUGUGUGUGUGUGUGUGUGUGUGUGUGUGUGUGUGUGUGUGUGUGUGUGUGUGUGUGUGUGUGUGUGUGUGUGUGUACUGUUCCAUCGCAACAGUGCAUUCAAACAACAUUUAAUCACCAAGGCAAGGUUAACAUUUUUUUUACAAUUAAAUAUCACACAGAAACAACUUCUAUUUACAACCUCGACAAUCAACCCUCUUAGUUCCAGUGAGGAGCGCUCAUCGGAUCCACCAAUCACAACGCAGCGUCA